AUGGCGCACCACUACAUCAACACGCCGGGCACCGACCGCGGCGACAACACUUUCCUCAGCCCUUCGAAGCAGCUGGACAUGUCGGUCGUGCAACCCUUUGGAUCGCCGUCUAAGAUGCCUGGACAAGAUCUGCGCAAUCAAAUGCGCGGUCUGCGCGGUGCCGCGCCUGCUAUGAGGACACCGCGUCCAAGGGCAGCGCUCGUGGAUAAGCGCAAUCCGGGAGCGAAGCAGGAGUUCACACCGCUACUAAAGAGCGCCAAACGUAACCAGCUCAUGCAGCAGAGCAUUCUGGAGGACAAGGAGAACUCGACCGGGAACCAUACGAUGCAAACUCCGGCCGGACUGAGGCAAAGCUACGGGAGCCGCGCCACACCUGGCUUGCCAGUCAACAGCUCAAUGCUGGACGACCAUACUGGCAGCUCAGGUGAUCGGGAAGCCACGCCCAUGGCACCUGCUCCUGUGAGCUCCUCCAUGCUGGACUCAACGCCCAUGCCACAGCUUCCCAACCGCGCCGGUGUGCUGGAGCAGGGCAAUGUCUUGACGCUUCGCGACCAGGAAGCGAAGCUUGACCAGAUUCAGAAGGACAACUUCAGUUUGAAAUUGAAGAUUCACUAUCUAGAGGAAGCUCUGCGCAAAACCGGGAAUGAGUUCCACCAGCAAACACUAAAAGAGAAUGUGCAUCUCAAGACAAACAAAGCGGAGCUCGAGAUCGAUCUGAAGAAACAACGGAAGCGUCUACACGAAGCCGAGCACCAGUUGGAGGAAUACAAAGUGUGGCUGAAGGAGUACCAGGAGAAGGUUAAGAAGCGGCAUACGAGCGAGCGCGAUCAAGAGGAGUUCGAUCGCUUGCAAAAGAUGGCCGAGGAAUCACAAAAGAUUGCGGAUGAGCGUGAGCAGGAGUUGGAGGAGAUGCGCGACAAGCUGGACAUGGCCGAGCAGCUGCAGAACAAUGAAGAUGAGGCACAACGGCUCAAGGACACUGUUGCGGAUCUGGAGCACGACCUUCGUGAUCGAGAGCGUGAGCUGGACGAAAAGGACGCUGAAUUGGAGGCGUUGCAAGAGAAGUUGCAAUCCGCAGAGCAGGCACCGGCCGACUCAGAUGACCUGCAGCGGCUCAAGGAAGACAUCCAGGACUUGGAAUCUGACGUUCGUGAUCGAGAGCGCCAAUUGGAGGAGAAGGAUGCCAAGCUGCAAGAUCUGGAAGACCAACUCAAAUAUGUGGAGGCUGAUAAUGAGAACGUAAAGAUCAUGCAGCAAGACAUCGACGAAUUGGAAGCCGAGCUCAAGGAGGCGCAGGACGAGUCCAAGGACAAGGAUGCACAGAUAGCAGAGCUUCAAGAACGUGUGAACAGUGCGUACGACCGCGAGUCAUCUACCAAGCGACUCCAGGAAGCUAUUGCCGAUCUUGAGAACAAGCUGCGUCAGAAAGAGCAGACUUUGGAAGAAACCAACGAGCAGUUGAAGACCCUGGAGAGGCGGGCACAAUCAGCCGACUCUGCGAGCUCUGAGCUGCGUGAACUCGAGAGCAAGCUACGCCUGAAAGAUCGGGACCUCGAGGAGGCMCAUGAGCAGCUCAAGACUCUUGAGAGCCGGGCACAGUCAGCUGACUCCACGGACUUUGAGCUUCGCCAACUCCAAAACAAGCUACGUCAGAAAGACCAGGCCUUGAACGAAAGUAACGACAAGCUAGUAGCAUUGGAGAAGCGGGCGCAAGUGGCCAACUCUACUCACACUUCUGAACUUCGUCAACGCGAUGAGAAUCUCCGCAACGCCCAGCGCGAACUGGCGGACAAGGAAGGGGAAAUCAAGGCGCUUCAGGAACGCGUUCAGACUGCCCGUGGGAGCUGGGACUCUGAGGCACAGAGGACAGAUGCCCGUAUACAAGAGAAGGACCGCCUCAUUCACGAUAAAGAGGCUCAGCUUCGGGAGAAAUCCCGCGUUAUCGAGCAGAGAGACGAGGAACUGGAGGAUUUGCAAAAGAGGGUGCGCACCGCCGAACAUGCUCGGGAUGAUGCCGUCCGAAAGCAAGGUCACCGUGCGCGAGAGGUCGAGGAUCAAGUCAGUGAGCUGCAGGAGAAGUUGCGGGUGGCGUCUGCAAGCACACAGGCCAAGCUCAAUGAGAAAGACGGACUGAUCCAGGCUCGCGAGAGCGAAAUGCAGAGUCUGCAGAGCCGUCUCAGCUCUUUGCAGUCAGGCGAGAGCGCUGAGCUGAGGCAGAGGAACGAGCGUUUGCAGCAUCUGGAGUCUGAGCUCAAGGCGAAGGAUCGUGACCUCAAAGAUCAAUCUCAGCAGAUCACGAUGAUGAGGUCUCGACUCGGAGCUAUGGAGACGCCUUCGAAGAAAGACAGCCUACUCAAGCAACAAGCCGAUGAAGUGCGCUCACUUCAGCAGGAGUUAAACAAGCUGGAGCAAGACAAGGAUGCCGAGCUGGACGAGCUGGAGCAGCAUCUGCAAACUUUGGAGARUGAAAACGCCGAGCUCAAGGCCGGCUUAGAGGCCCAUCGCAAGAAGUUGGAGACCACAGACCGCGAUCACAGUCUACUCGGCCACAAGGACCAGGAACUUAGAACAAAGGACGAGCAGAUCAAUUCGCUUGAGCGUGAGCUUGAUCUUCUUACUGCGAAGCUACAAAAGGCUGUCGAGCAACGGCGGAGUGAUGUAGAGCAGCUUGAGCGUGAGCUAGAGAUUGCUCGCUCGAGCGGCGAAGGUAAUGUCGCAGAGGUGCAGCGUCGUAUGGACGCCAUGAAGUCUGAGCUUGUCACAGCGCAUCGCAAGGAAGAGAGGGUCCUCAAAGCAGAGAUUGAGCUUCUGCUCAAGGAGUUUGACGUCUUCAAGGCGAACAACGCAUCUCUUCAGCAGAGAAUUCAGGAGCUAGAACAUGAGGUUGAGACAGCCAGGCAAGCGAACGUGGCAGAAUCAUCCGCAAGUGAUCGCGAACAGCUCAGUCAGAGGCUUAAGGAUAUGGAGAGUGCGCGUAAUACGCUUCUCGUCACGGUCAAGAGCCUCGAGGGCGAUCUUGAGACCGCGCAGAAGUCCCGGUCCACUGGCACGCCUGUCAGAGAGAGGCAGGAUCUUCGCCAAAAGCUUCGCGAUGCCGAGGAUAGAGUAUCGAAGCUGCAGCAGAAAGUCGAGACCUUGGAGACUGAGCUCUUAUUUGCACAGCAAGAGAAAACAAUCGCCGAGGAGCGACACGACUUGCACGACCUGGUCAAGACCACGAAGAUCGAAGCUGAGAAGCUUUCUAUUGAACUCGGCAAGCGGGACAAGAAGGAGUCUGCCAUGCGCAAGUCCCAAAGUGAUCUGCGCCAUGAACUGCAGAUUGCCCAGACGGACGCUGAGGACCUUCAAGCCCAAGUCCAAGAUCUAGAAACGAGACUGGAAUCUUCCACAGCGAAGCAGCAAGAGUACCGGGCCCAGAUCAAGGAGCUCAGGGUUGCCAGAUCGCAACUGGACGAGCUUGAGCUUCAAUUACAAGAUCGCAAAGGCAGUUCUUCUGGCAAUGCGAGACGGGAAGCUGAGCUUCGGAACCAACUUCGCGAGGCCCAGGCCGAGCUUGACCGCGUCCAGGUUGAAGCACAGGACAAGGACAACCAUCUGCAAUUUGCGAUUGCCAAGCAGAAGGAACUACGCGAGCGCCUUCGCAACGCAAAGACUGACGACACAUUCACCUUGGGUCGCAUGGAUCUUCAGGCUCAGCUUGAAGACGCCGAGCUCGAAAUCCAAGCACUACAGAAUCAACUGGCAGAUCGUACAACGAAGUUGCAGGGCUCGUUGAAGCGGGAGGAGGAGCUUAGAGCCAAGUACAAGGGUCUGCGAUCUUCCCAGGACGACGGCAAGCAGGUUGCGAAUACUGUUCCUGUGAAGCAGUACCAGGCUGAGCUGAAAGGUCUGGUCAAGCAGAUUGAGUUCCUACGAGCCAACCUCAAGCGCGAAGAAGGCUUCCGCAAGGCUCUGGUAUUUGUCAAGAAGUGGUUCUUGGACCAGGUGGACAUGUACAAUGCUUGCAAUGGAGCACAUCUCAACCUUCUCGCGGAGAUGGGCAUCACUCCAGACAUUUCAUUCCACGCCAAGAAACGCACUCUCAAGAGUGUAGGGCUGGCGGUCGUGGCGAGUGUGCGAAUGAGAAAGAUGGCGGAGUCCUGGGCGGGAAGCAGGAAGACUCAGGAGAGUCUCUUGAAGAAGUUGGAGUCGAUGAAGAGUAAAGGGCGGCAAAGUGGAGUGAAGGCUGUCGCGAAAUGA